AUGCCUUAUGGUAAAGAGGCAAAAGAGGAGCUUGUGAGGCUUGUGCAGGGAAGGACCUUAAAGAUUCCCAUAUAUGAAACUGACUGGUACGGUCGAUUAGUUGGAGAUGUUUACUGCAAUGGGGUCUUCGUGCAGGAACACAUGCUGAAGAAAGGCCUCACAUGGCACUACUCUGCGUAUGAUCAACGGCCUGAGCUUGCCGAGGUAAGCAGUAUGACUCACUAA